AUGGUCUUUAUAAAUGUUUGUUUAACACUAUGGUUGUCACUUGUGUUAGGCCUUCAUUGGGGAAGUGUUGGACCUAUCUCAAUAUUUAAAAACCACGUAGUAUUUCGAUCACCUGUAGUAUUGAAAGAUGGCCUGGUGGCCAAUCGAAUUUUUAGUGGCGAUCAGUCUUUGAGUAUUCAAUCAGAAAAAAGUGUGCACAUUCAAAGCGGUUCGAAGAAUAAAAAUUCCGCAAUAACAAUUGACAAACAGGGAAUUCACGCGAAUUGUGAUCAAUUUCAAAUCAAUGAUCGAACAGGUUCAAAACUUGUUGCGAUUGAUUCGUCACAAAUCCAAGUUUACACUGAUGAUCUUUCAAUCAUCAACGAACACAAACGAUUGGAACUUCCACAUCUAGUAACGAAUUCAAUCAGUUCAGAUAAAAACCUAAGUCUCUCGGCGGAUGAAGGUCGAUUGACGCUCUCAUCGAACAGUGAUAUUGAUAUAUCAGCACGGCAAACAUUGGAUUUUGUUGCGAAUGAUAUUGUCAUCAAAUCUCAUACGAUUCGCCUUCAAAAUGAACAUAUCUAUUUUGAAAAGUUACGCUUUUUCGAUCGUGCUAAAGCACCAAUUGUAGCUCGUAGUUCUCAAUCGUAUUCUGUGUGUAUUUGCGAAAAUGGUCUGGUAUUUGCUGCAAUCGAUUGUCGUCAACAUGCGUUCGAUUGUCGCGAGUGA